GAUGUGGUGAAAAUUCGCGGUGAUGCGCAGAGACGUCUACGCUGCAUGAGGAGGAUAUUGGAGAGACUCUAUCAGCUCCUCCAAACGGACAUGGAGAACACGGCAGAGCAGGUUUAUUCCACACUUCGCUUCUGUGGCGUGCUGCUGCAGAAACCUUCCAGCGAG